GUAUGAACGAAUGCGAUGUUCUCCGAAUAGCAGAAAAAUUGCAAAAUUUAAUUGAUACAUGUAAUCGCUUGUUCAGUUUCCCCUUGUAGGGCUAGAAUAUCAAUAGUAGUAUUUGCUGUGUUAUUGUAGUCACUAAUUUAUAGGCGACAAUGGUUGUUGGAGCGUUUCCCAUUGCCAAAUUGUCAGUGUUACUAAUAAAGCAGAUCAGCAAACCCAUCGCUAAUGCGUGUAAAGAACGAGCCAAAAAUAGUCCUUUUUUUAGGACCUAUGUUUGUAUGCCUCCUGCCCAGUUCUACAAUUGGUGCGAGGUGAAGGCUAAGAUGUGGAUCCUAAAUUUGGGUAGACCUGUAAACAUACCUGUGCUGAGCCAGGAAAUGGCCAUUGAGCUGGGUGCCAACCUGCUGGGUGAAUCAGUCAUCUUUGUUAUUGGUGCUAGCCUGCUUAUUGUGGAAUAUGGCAGACAAAGCAAAAAAGAGGCAGCGAAAGAACAAGCUAGAAUCGAUGAGCUGAAACAUAUAACCAAUACAAUCACAGACUUGUACUUUGCAGUCCAGCAACAAGAAACACAGAUUAGGGAAAUGGAGCGCCUCAUUCAUUCAGUCAGUGGCAAGAAGAUAGAAGCACCUCCUCCAGACGUCAGAGACAUAACCAAAUCACUGAAGGAACUUGAAGAAUUGACUACUUCUAAGAGUUCCCCUCCCAAACCCCCAGCUGGUCAAAAAUCCCCUAAAGGCACCCCAAUGCAACCCCCCGCCAAUGAACAGCCACCAGCGAGAUCACAGGAAUGUGAUAAAAUGAUCAGACACGAAGCCCAACUUCUCUCCACACCAUACCCUGACAAAGGACUUAUCCUUCAAUCAUUGAAUUACAUCCAAAUGGAUGUUUUUAGUUCAAUAUUUCCUCAUAGCAGAAGGGAAGAGGAAAAAAAACAUGAAGAAAAAAAAAUACAGUCACAGAAACGUGAUAAUGCUGUACUUUCAGAAGCACUCUACAACAUUGAAAAUAACUUUAAGAGCUUGUUUUAAUGUGUAUGCACAAUAUGCACAUUUGUAAAAAUUAGGGAAAGUUAGUUUGUUAUGGUUAUGAAAUAACCCAUUGUAUUAUGUAAGUUGGUUUUACUAUAUUGGCAGUUUAUUUUGCUGCACUUUUCUUGGAAAUUCAUCAAGCUUGAAGUUUUUCAAUUUUUAUAUAAUUGCUUUUAAUCUAUACUGCCAACCAGUGUUCUGCAUUUGUGCGAAACUUUUGACUAUGGAAGUGUUGACACAGAGAUAUUAAACUGGGAGUUAUCAGGUACUUGAAGAUUUAAACAUUUUGAAAACGAAACUAUAGGUCUAUAGGCAUAGUAACUAGUACUUGUCUACUUGUGUGCAAAAAACAUGUACUUUACACAUUAGUACUAAAAUUAAAAUAAUGUUACUAAGAACAGACAUUAAAUUGGCUAAGUAAUGAGAUUAGUGCACGCCUAAUACUUGCUGAGUAGUGUAGUGUUUCAGUGUUUGUUACCACUCUAGGUCUGAGUUUACAAAGUAUGACUUGUAAACAUCUAUCAAUAUUAAAUUAUUAGAUAACAGUGUAAAUAAAUUGUAUCCUAUAA